AUGACCACCCCAAUAUCAACAAUAACCCACCAACAACAAAUCCCCCUCACCCGCCUCCUCACGCACCUCGAAGCAACGCUCUCCAAUUCCUCCAACCACACACCCGCCCACCGCGCACGAAUCGCCACGAAUCUCGAACAUGCGCGGKCUUUGUAUUUGACUUUUGAGAAGAGUGUUGUGACGAAUCGAGUCCCUGGGGCGAAGAGGGAGGAGGCUUUGGAGGAGUUGGGGAGGCAGAGGGAGUGGAUUCGGAAAUUGGAGGGGAAGUUGAGGGAAUUGGGGGAGUUGGAUGAUGAUGAUGAUGAGGGGGAGAGUGAUGAGGAAGGGGAGGAUUUGUUGAAUGUUUAUCGGCCUGCUAGAGAGGGCAUGAUGGGGGGGUUGGAUGUUGGGGGAGAGACUUUGGGGUUACAGGACGAAGGAAAGGGUUCACAGGGACGGGAACAAUCACAGCAACAGCAACAGCAACAACAACAGCAGGAGUUACGAGAGAGAAAAGGAUUGAGUGUAAAGGACAACAGAUCUGCGGCGACUACGAGUGCUAGAGAAGCUCUCUUCUCGAAUCGUCCUCAAGACCAACAAGCGCAAGCUACAUCGGAUAUCUCCAAGACGGAAACUAUGAUGUCACAUCAUCGAAACGAGCAGGAGGCUCUCACGACGGGACUUUUGGGGUUGGCGGCUGCAUUGAAGCAGAGUUCCAUCCAGUUCUCGACUUCAUUGGAAGCGGAACGGGAUGUGUUGCAAAGGGCGGAGGGAGGACUGGAUAAGAGUGCGCAGGGAAUGGAUGCUGCGGGCAAGAAAAUGGGGACGUUGAGGAGGAUGAGUGAGGGGCAAGGAUGGUGGGGGAGGAUCAAAUUGUAUGCCUUUAUCUUUGGCUUGUGGUUGGGAUGCUUCUUGUUGGUAUUCGUGGGGCCAAAGUUGAGGUUUUGA